AUGUCUGAUGUACCAGAUCUUAGUUCAGACGAAGAACACUUCGAGGAGGAGGAAUGGCAAGAAAUGGAAACUAGUGAUAUGUCUGUAACGUGUUUAUUUUGUCCUAAAGUUUUCCCAACUAUAGAUGAAACUGUUGUUCAUUGCGAACUUGUACAUGGAUUCAAUUUAAGUAUAUUAAAAGUAAGAUUUAAUAUGGACUGCUAUUCGUAUAUUAAAAUGAUUAACUAUGUGAAAACUCUUAAGCCGAGUCCAGAGGCAAUAAUGAAUGCCGACAAACCUCUGUGGAAUGAUGAUUUAUACUUAAAACCCGUGGAUAACGACGAGUGGUUAAUGUACGACUUCGAUUCUGUUACUGAUAAGUCAAAUUCACCAAAAUCCUAUCACGCGAACGUCGAAAAUGGUUUGGUUACACUGUCGCAGGAACAUUUCUCGGAACUUCAAAGAACUAUUCAAAAACUAACUGAACAGUUAAAAGACAGUCAAACGCAUCUUCAGAUGGCUAAAGAAGAUAUGGGUAAAAUGCAAAAUUCCAUGAAAUGUCUGGUAGAUGGUGACACAAAUAAUGUCAAAAAAUUAACAGAUAGCUGUGUCAUUGUUGACUGUGUAUCAAAAGUGCCCCUGGAAUGUGACGAAGGCUACUUCAAUAGUUAUGCUCAUUUUGGUAUUCAUUAUGACAUGCUGUCGGAUAAGGUUCGCACAGAAAGCUAUAGAGAUGCUAUCCUUAACAAUAAAGAAACUAUAGAAGAUAAAGUUGUACUUGAUCUUGGAUGUGGAACGGGAAUAUUAUCAAUGUUUUCAGCUACAGCUGGAGCUAAGGCAGUUAUUGCUGUUGAUCAAUCAGAGGUCAUUUACCAUGCAAUUGAUAUAAUAAGAGAGAACAAUUUGGAUAGCAAAAUUAAAACAAUAAAAGGUCGACUUGAAGACACAGAAUUAGAUCAAAAAGUAGAUGUAAUUGUAUCUGAAUGGAUGGGGUACUUUUUAUUAUUUGAAGGCAUGUUAGAUAGUGUAAUUUAUGCUAGAGAUACAUGUCUUAAUCCUGGUGGUUUGUUACUACCCAACAGAUGUACUAUAAGUCUGGUCGCCAAUGGUGAUGUUGAUACACAUAAGAAAUUAAUUGAAUUCUGGUCUGACGUUUAUGGAUACAAAAUGAAUUGUAUGAAAUCAGAAGUUGUUAGAGAAGCUAGCGUAGAUGUGGUACCAGCCAAGUGUAUAAUUUCGGAACCAUGCAUUGUGAAAGACAUUGAUCUGUAUACCUGUAAUACAAAUGUUGUUAAUUUUACAUCACCAUUUAAAUUAACAGUUACAAAUGAUGGUUCAAUAACUUCUUUAGUUGGAUAUUUUGAUACAAUCUUCGAUUUGCCCAAUCGUGUAUCAUUUACAACGGGACCUCAUGGAACACCGACGCAUUGGAAACAAACUGUAUUUUACUUCAGAGAUUGUAAGGAAGUUAAAAAAGGUGAUAUUAUUGAGGGUACCAUAACUUGUAGCAGACAAAAGACAGAUGUUAGGGCACUCGCAGUACAAAUAAAUAUAUUUGGUAAAAAUCACAAAUAUAUCAUCAGUUAA